AUGGUGGACGCGCCCUACUCACCAGUCGCCAUUAAAACGUCAAUAGUACCCAGAAACCAAAGCACCAGCAUGCCUGACCGCCCUAGCACCCCCGCUUCAAAGUUCAAGUCCUUCUUCUCGGACAUUGUCUCAUCGGCGACUGCCGUGCCCUCAGGAUCUGCCAGAUCCCAUAUUUCAAUGCCCGCAGUACAGCCAUCAAGGCGCCACUUGGCAGUCAACUCCUCCCACCUCCGCCAUCCACACUCCGAACAGCCACACACCCGCCGCACCUUUGCCACAGCCCCGGCACUGCCAGAUCCGCCAACCUCGUCCCCCAAGUACGUCAACCCCUUCCUCACGCGUCCCAUCACCAUACCUCCCCGUGAACCCAUCCCUUCCAAAUCGUCACCCGAAAACGUCUCCCCACGCACUCCAACCGCCCCAGUUCCUCAAUUUCCAGAUGCUCCGUUUCCGCAGCUCAAUACUCACCCAUUCGGUGUCCCUUCCACAGUUCAUGUCCUCGCCGAUUGGCCUUAUGGGCCCUUAUUCGAGACCAUGAGCCCCCGCACCCGCCGUUUCGCAGUGGGGGGGACAGAUGCUGACGGGCAUGACAUGAAAAUCUACCGCCCGCGGCUAGACCGUGACACAUACCUAGAGUGUCUGCCACCCGCCACGCGCGUGGUGGUGCGUUGCCCGAGUCGUGCAUGUGGGCUCGUCUGUGAGCUCAACGGACGGGCCGGGGCCUGUCGCCGCCGAAGCGCCGCGGCUAAGAAUGCGGCGCUCUGGGUGCGUGAGAUGUGGGCGUGUGAGGGAUGUGGGGAGGAGAUGGAGAUGCAGGUAUUGAAGGAGAGCGAGGGCAACUCGCCGACAGGCACAGGGGACGCAUGUUAUAAGAAAGACGAGCGAGAUGGAUAA